AAGAAACCUGUACUCGAACCUGACCAAUAAAACCCUGAUCUUUUGUUGACUUUUUUAGUUAAUUUACAAACUUACGGUUGACUAACCAGAUUAACACACCGUUAACCGACAGUUAAGACAAUGUUAACUCACCGUUAAUUACUGCCGUUUAGUGAAACUACGUCGUUUCAUUCAGUUGUUUUGUUAAACACAAAAUCUCAAGACGACGUCGUUUUGCUUAAUUAAAAUUGUUGUUGCCUGGACUCGAACCCGUGCACUCGUGGUCGUAAAGGGGUAUUGCUACUGAGCUAGUGGAAUUUUCGGAAGGUUAUCACACAUGUUUAUUUUUAUUGAUCAAAAGAUGUGUUUGAUUGCAAUCAAACAAAAUGAAAUCCGUGUUUGAACGUAACCCUAAUUUCUCAAAUCGAUUUGGGGAUUUCUCUUGUAGAGAUGGUAAAGACGAAGUUCACAAGGAAUGGAAGGGAGGUAAUGAUUUUCGGAGCGAUGAGGAAUUUCGAUUACGGGAGUGACGAAGCGGUUCAAGAGUCGAAGAAGGGUGGAGAACGCGAUGCUUCUGUGAGUUUGUCAUCGCUGGAGAGAUCGAGGAUUCGUAAAAGCGUUGAAGGGAUAUCGAUGUUGGCAUCUACAGAGGUGUCGAAGGCGUCGAAGACUAGGCGGGGAACUUCAUAUGGGUCGCCUGCGUCAUCUCCGGAGAAGACCACGAGGAGGGGAACUUCAUAUGGGUCGCCAUCUCUGGUGAAGGCCACGAGGCGUGGUUCAACUCUGUCUCCUAGAGUUUCGAAGAAGCAGGAGGUAAAUGUGGCUCCUUAUGGUGAUGACAGAGAAGAAUGGCCAGAGACUGAGAUGUUGGCAUCAACAGUUGCGAAGAAGACAAGGCGGGGAACUUCAUAUGGCGGGUCGCCUGUGUCUCCUAGACAAUCGAAGAAGCAGAAGGUAAACUCGGAGAGGAGUCUAGGUGAUGAUGGUGAUGACAGAAAAGAAUUUCUCCAGAUUGAGGAAUUUGGGGAUAUAGGUGAUGAUGGUAGGGAAGAUGAGAACGGUAUUGCUGGCAUUGAGGAAGUUGGUUGUACAGAUUUGAGUCUUUAUUUUGGUGAUAAAGCAAAAAAUGAUGACUGUGAGGUUGAUGAAGACGAAGGCGAUGAUGAUGCAUGGGAUGAUGAUAAAAUCCCUGAUCCUCUGUCAUCAGAUGAUGAGAAUGAAGAGGAGAUGAGACCUGCGCAAGCUUACAGAGAAGACACUGAUCCAGAGGAGCUCCUUCAGCUAGGCAAGACAUUUUCAGAUGCUGAGGACUUCAAACAUGCUUGUCUGAGGUAUACCCUGAAAACCAGAUACAACAUCAAGUACUACAGACCCAGUAGCUUGAAGAUGGGUGCAAAAUAUGCCGCUGAGAUGAGAGAUGAUGAGGCUCCUUGUCCAUGGAUGGUCUACUGUUCGUAUGAUAGGAGGAAACAUAAGUUGAUGGUAAAGACAUACGUCAAUGACCAUAAGUGUGAGAGGACAUGGUAUUCGAAGAUACUUAAGAGGUCAGCAAUUGCAAGUCUAUUUGCUGAGAGGUUAAGGCUGAAUCCUAAGCUCACGGCAAAGGAGAUACAGGCUGAGAUAUUGAGGGAGUAUAAGAUGGAAGUUUUAGAAAGCUCAUGCAUUAAGGCCAAGACGAAGGUGAUGAAAGAAAGGAGGAAGACCCAUGAGGAGCAUUUUGAUAAAAUCUGGGAUUACCAAGCAGAGAUAUUGAGGAGCAAUCCUGGAUCAACCAUGGAAAUUGAGACCAUACCAGGAGCCACGGUUGGAAGCAAGCAGCGGUUCUACAGACUCUACAUGUGUUUCCAAGCACAAAAGGAAGCAUGGAAGAAGACUUGUAGGCCUGUUAUUGGCUUAGAUGGAGCCUUUUUGAAAUGGGACAUCAAGGGACAGUUGUUGGCUGCGGUUGGAAGAGAUGGAGACAAUAGGAUUGUCCCUAUUGCUUGGGCUGUAGUGGAGAUAGAGAAUGAUACAAACUGGGAUUGGUUUGUGAAGCGUUUGGCCUUGGAUUUGGGAUUGGAAAAUGGGAACGGCUUUGUUAUAAUGUCUGACAAACAAAAGGGAUUAGUGAAAGCAGUUCAUACCCUCCUUCCAGAAGCUGAGCAUAGACAGUGUUGUCGCCAUAUCUACGAGAACUGGAGGAAAGGUGGAAAAGAUCUAAGGUUACAGAGGUUCUUCUGGUUCAUUGCACAGAGCUACACUCCUGGUAUGUUCAACUACAACAUGGACGAGCUUAAGAACUAUGAUCCUGGCGCACAUGCAUCUCUGAUAAAGACAAAGCCAGAGACUUGGUCUAGAGCGUGCGAACAGGGUAAUGACAUGCUCCAAUUGCAAAGAAGAAGGGCACUACAAGAAUACAUGUCGGAAGGCUUUUGUUGAGAGCCCACCUAAGAAACCAAGAGGCAGACCAAGGAAAUAUCAGGGACUACACUUUGGCGAGUCACAAGCUCAAUCCUCAGAAGCUCAAACCUCACAAAAUCAAUCCUCACAAGCUCAAGCAUCACCAUGGGAAGUUCCUCAAUCUUCAGAAGGUCAAUCCUCACAAGCUGAAGUAUCACAGACAGCAUCGUGGGGAAGAUGGUUUUUGUAGAUGCUUGUGUGUUGUUUAUGAUGGUCUCUGUCUGAAUGCUUUCGUUGUCUGUUGUUUAUGAUGGUGUCUCUGUCUGAAUGCUUUUGGAACAAGAACUACCUUUUUCUUUCUUCUCUUCCUGUUGUUUUAAUUUGAAACUCUCAAUGAAGAUAGUGUUGGUUAUUAUCUUUGUGUUUUCAUCAUGUUGUUUAUCUUGAUGGUCUGUUCAUUGGUGUGUUCAUUUGUCCUUCUAUAAACAAUCAAGAAGUAAAACAUAAACAUUACUGAAACAUUGUCUUAAAACAUAGCCUUACAUGAACCAUGAUUCUUACAUAAACAUAGCCUUACAUAAACAGUCUCCUAGUAGCUAUUCAUAGACAACCCAUCUGCUUUGUCAAACAUGAUCAACACAAGACAUAUCACAACGCCUAAACAAACCACAGAAAAAUCCACUUUCAUGAUCACAUUCAGCUUCUUAAGUUUAUUGCUCGCCUUCCUGACAUCUUCUUUCAAGUCUUCCUCCACGGUUUUCAUGCUUUCGAUCUCCAUUUUAAUUUUCAUAACAUCUGAUGCAAAGCAUUCAACUUUUGGCAAUGCAUCUUGAACCUCUUCGUAGACAGCUUCAUCUACCCAUUUAUACAAGUGAUCCUACACACAAAUCAUGAACACAAUCUUUAUAUUCAAACAAUUUCUCACUGACUACCUAGCCAUUGAAUCUUAUGUUCUUUUCUUAAACACAAUCAAAUUAAACACUUACAUUUUGAAACAUUGGGCAUCUAAAGAAAGUUCUUCCUGGAUUGACCUUCGUUUUUGAUGUGUAUAUCCCAGUUCUUCGACCACAGCCGCAUUGCUCCGGGAUACCACGAAUUCCCAUCGUAUUCACAGACGAAUCCUCACAACCCGAACUCAUCAUGCGAUACUCGAAGAAGGAGAGAUGAGAAUCGAGAUUUUUAAGGACGAGAUCGAAGAGAAUCGAGCUUGAAUCGCGAACUGGAUUUAUGAUUUUGCCCAUUUAGGGUUUAUACCAAUCGGAGGAGAAAACACCGUCGUUUCUUUUUGAUUCAUUUAACUCGGAUUCAAAGAGAAUAAAAGAAACUGUGUUCGUAUAUCCAUUGCAAAGUCCACUAGCUCAGUUGCAAAAACCCCUACCAUUAAACCCGAGUGCACGAGUUCGAGUCGAUGGAACCCCAUCUUUUUAAUAAAAAAGUUAAUGUAAAACGUGUCAUUUCAUUAAUUUGUCUUUAACUCGGAUUCGAAGAAUAAAAGAAAUUGUGUUCGUAUAUCCAUUGCAAAGUCCACUAGCUCAGUGGCAAAAACCCCUACCAUUAAACCCGAGUACACGAAUUCGAGCCGUUGGAAACACAUAUUUUUAAUAACACAGCUAUAUAAACGACGUCGUUUGUCUUUAAUCAGACAAAGUGAUGAAACGACGUCGUAUACUUUAACACCCAAAAUUAACGUCCGCUUAAUUAACAGUUAACUCGAUUAACGGUGUGUUUAUCUGGUCAGUCAAUCGUAAGUUUCUUAAUAAACCCGAAAAGUCAACAAAAGUUCAGGAUUUUAUUGGCUAGCCCAUGUGUCUUCUAGACAGUUUAAGGCUGGAAUACAGGUAUCCUAAUCGAGUUUUUGUUUGGGUUCAUUCAAAUUUUUUUCGGUUUCAUGAAUUUCAAUUUCAUUCGGAUAUUUAUAAAAGUUUAAAUCGGAUUCAGUUUAGGUUUAGUCGAGUUUGGUUCAAGUUUAGUUACAUGUCUAAGAUCCGGCUAAAGUCAGAAUAGUUUUGGUAUCAAAUAUUUAUCUGAUUAUCGGUUCUGAAAAUAUUACUUUAUGCUUGAUUAAACUCAAUAUAUUUCUAAUAUUUUCAAUAAUUUGUAUACUUAGCUUUCCCAAACCAUAUUGUUGUUUUUCAGUGGAAGACUCGUCUAUGAAUAAUACAAGACUCAGUCCUUGAACUGUACGUGAUAAUAUCAGACAAAUCAUGAUUUAUAACAAAUCAAAUUCUCUUUUACAAACUAGAAUCAUACAUAAUGAAACGUAAACAAAUCUAACACUACUAAAAGCCGAAUAAGCAGAGCAUACAGGAUGCCACGUAGGAUUUUUUAUUCAGGCCAAUCAUGAAGCUCUGUUUUGCCACAUCACUUUUAUUUUGUAGACAAAAAAAUAUAACAGAUCCAGUAAAUCUGGGCUGAACAAAAAAUAUAGGCCUAUAUAGAACAGCCCAUAUCUUAUUCUACGCAGAAUGUUCGUCGCCUUCAACUCCGACUCUUCCAAUUCACUAUUCUAAUCUCUGCAAUCUCUCUGUAAUUAUUACACCCCAAUCUUGCUCAUUCAAUUCUGAUAUUUUCUCCUAUCUUCGUUAGAGAUUAUCGUUCCACCUUCCUUUGUUUUUCCUGUUAUAUAAACCCUUUGAUGAUAUGAUAAGACAGGUCCGUUAACUAUUGUCAUUCCAGCCUGAGUUAUCUAAAAUAUGAACCCUCGACUCCAGAUUCAUAACACAAUGACAAUUUGUUGUUCUCUACAUUUGAAAGUAAGGUAUUAGUUUAUUAUUAUACUUCACCACUCAAUCUCUCAGCACUCAGUCUCUCUAUUUCCGAUUUACAGUCGUAGAACUCGGCCUCACGUUGGUGCUGAUCGUCUUCUCCGUCGUCGUUUUAGAAGCUUGGAGAAGGAGACACAGUAACGUGUACGUUCUUACUCGACUUUUCCGAUUUGCUUCUCUCUCAGCUUCUAUCCCUGUGUCUUGAUCUUUCUAGCAUUGGAUUUUUCCCAGUUCUGUCGACACCGUGACAACUACACUCGAGGGUCCGACAUCCUUAAAACAGGUACUGUCUGAAUUCAAUAUAUUUUUUCUGGGAUUUUUCUGUUAGUGUGUUUACAGUUAAUGGAACUGAGAAAAGGUCUUGCCUUUGAAUCCUAUUAGCCUAUAGAACGUUUAAAGACGAGAGCUUUGACAUUAUCCCUUUAUUAUUAUUUGAGGAGCAUUAAAAAUAAAUAACCUUUAGUUCAUGUGUUUAUUACAAGUGUGCCAUUUCUUACGUGGCAACUCCACAAGCUCCCUCACCUAUUCUAUUUAAAACCCCUUUGUUAACUAGAGUAAUUACACAACAUGCCAUUGAUCAAAACUUUAUAAUUUCCUUAGUUUUGUCUACAUUUGUCACAUAUAUACGUUGAUCAUCAAACCUUAUCAUUUAUUUCUUGCGUUAGUUACCUUAACCGAAGUUCUACGUAUUACAUCAAAGAUUUUAAAAUUAUGUUAAUUACCUUGACUGAAGUUUUUUCAUUAAUUUGUUUCAAUACAAAAACAUUACUGACAUACGUAGUGGUCUAAUUUUUAUUCAAAAUGAAUAUAGAUGCGAAAAAAUUAAUGUACGAUUAUCAAUCAAAGUUUGUUUUCUGAAAAAUCCUAAAAAGUAUUUGAUGAUCAAUACGUGCUCAAGUGAUUGAUUUUCUUAAAAAUACGAAAAAAAUAUUUGUUCUCUUAAAAAUAUAUCAAGAGGAAAACUUUGUUUUAAAAUAGUGAAACAGAAGAACCAUGCAUAUGGCAUAUACUUGCCCCGUUUCAUUAAAUUGUUAGAUGAUCUCCGCCUUGCGUUGUAGAAACUAAGGUAAAAUACGAUUUUCUGGCAUACAAUUAUAAAAACUUACCUUAUAUGAUCUAUCGUAAUUAAGAUUUUAACGCCAGCUUGCAUAAAGCAAAUAAUGGCGGAGCAAAUUGCCCAUGAUUUAAACGUGAUUUGCAAGGAAGAAAUUGAUUGAUGAUUGGGAAAAAGGAAACUUCUAAUAACUUUGAUAUAUUUUUAAAUUACAAAUUUGGUAAAUUGAUGGUAAUAAUACGUGAUUUGUGAGGACUUGACUUUUGUAUAUAAGGAACGUAGAUUAAGGUUCAAAUUAUUGUAAUCAAUUAAUAAUCAUGAACUUUCUUGAAUUUGUUCAAUUGCGAUUGAUAAAAGGAAGUUUGCAUUAACUAUUUACAAUAUUAAAAUAAUUCUCGACUAAGAUUGGAGCGCAAGUUAUGUGUAAUAUUCGAUUUAGUUACGGCCAUUAUUUUGAAUCCAUAUGACCGACCCCAUGGCGAUUCCUUUUUAGUAUAAAUAUACGGCUUCUAUAAUUUAGAAAACUCACCACACUUUUCUUCUCGACUUUGCUCAUAUCAAAACAUUCUCUCAAGCAAUCAAAUGGCUAGCUUUAACUCUGUUUCCGAUUUGAAACCAUUCAAGACAUUGUUUCUUUUAUAUUUUAUUAGUCUAUUGCUUAUGUUUCGUUUUAUUUUAUAUUUAUAAUUUAUUUUAUGCAAACAAAUAUACAAUUUUUAAACAAAAAUUCUGCAGCUUAAUUUAGAUUGAUAUACUAAAUUUCGUCUAACCCUUACUUUAUAACAUAUAGUAUUUCUUGCUAUGACUUUAAUUUUUAUUAUGUCUACAAAUUAAAAGUGAUAAUAUUUUGAAAUCUAUUUACUCCGCGCAGGGCGCGGGUUAUCACCUAGUUAUUAUUAUUUUGUAGGAGAGUCUGUCUAACGAUGUGUGUUGUUUAAGAAAUAAAAGUGUAAAACAGACAGAUCGUGGAUGCGCAGUUGUAUGAUAAUAAUUUCAAGAGAGGAGCAAGCAAAAAGCUUCACUUGAGAAGGAAAUUCAUCAUACUGUCAGUAGAAAGAUAAGAAGAAAAGUUGAUGACGAGAUCAACAACAGAUUGAGUUUGGGAACACUUUUCUUCCAGCCUAACUUCCUGGUUACGGUUGAGGUAAUGUAAAUAUUUACUCGAUUUGAUUUAAGAUGUGGUCAGCUCCUAUUUUUGUUGCAUAUGGCGACAUCAUCUGAUUGCAAAACAAGUUUAAGGCGUCUUAAAUUGGUAUGAUUCAUUACACAGUCUCUUACUGAAUAAAAAGAGGUUUUUUUUACGAGGUCAUUGAUGAGACACUUAUUAGAGUAAUAAUAUUCUCUAUGCCUUUUCCCUUCCAUGAAGCAAAAAGUGAUGGCCAAAUAAACGGCCAGUCUAUUCUCAUCGCGUACAUGGAACACAAUAAAUCAUCUUUAUGUAUUUAGCCAAUAUCAUACCAAAAGGCUGGAAGGUACUUCUCACUUUGUUCAGGUACGUUCACCUAGAACAUGAGAUUUACCUGAAACCAAAGAAAUAUGAAACUUCAAGAUGAUAGGUAUGUAGAUAUAACAGAUUUGUGGCGCAUUCAACAAUUAAACUGUCUUCGUAAUUUGUAGUUGGUGUUGUAAAAGAGUAACUAAACAACAUGGUCAAGUUCAUUCUACAUGGAUACAUGCCACAACUAGGUUCAUUCCUUCCUUUUCAUUUAGGAAGCGAUCUUUGUCCGGGAAAGAUCUUGCCAAGCUCUAGAUUUCCAUUUUCCUUCAUCUUGACAACUGAAGAUGGGUUUAGCUACUGUAGCUUUCAAGCUGUGGGUUAUGACUUCAACACUAUCCAGCUGGUGAGAAGGGUUCUGUCUUGCUUUGAUCCCAAUAAAUUCUUUGUAGGGUGUCGCAGUGAACGCGUACCAGCCGGAAAUUAGUGUAUACUUGGAAGAUUAUGGGUGCAGAGAGAGUGGACCAGUGAAUAGUGAUGUAUCAUACGUUUGAAAACCUUGGCAUGUAGUGUGCGUAGCCUAGACCUACCUUGAAGUGGGACUGGAGCAGGCUGAGCAGCAAUAACAAGAGGACACGAGGGAAUCUAGCGGAACUUUAUCUGAACUCUUUUCGAGCUUUCUGUUUUUGCAUUUUUUUUAAGUAAUGACUAAUUAUUUGUGAAGUUAAGGUAUUCCUUUCAAAAUCAUGUGUGUUGUACAAAUUUGCUUUAAUAUACAGCUUUGUACAUUA